GUAUACUAGAAAGCAAAGAAAUAAGUAGGCCUGGUGGGUGCGGUCAGGCCCGGCCGAGCUGCCCGGUCCCUCGGGCAGGAAAGUCACGUCCUCGCAGCCUGGAACCUUGUGUGUCCGGCUCUGGCUGCCCGGGCCGCCGGCGGAAGCAUUUCAGAGUGGGACCGCGAGAAGCCGCUUGUAAACAGAGCCGGGCCGGGAUGGUCAGCGGCUGGGCUGGCUGUCACCGUGAGGCGGGCGGCGGGCUGCGGGAGCCAAGCCCCCGCCAGCAGCGGACUGCAGGCCCCGCAGGUGAAGGGAGAGUAGCAGCCGGCGCCCGGGAAAUCAAGGAUUGGCGUGGCGUUGCUUUGACAAAUACUUCCUGUUGUCUUCACAGAGGUCUUGCUGAAGAAUAAUCUCAAAGGAACAUUUGGUCUCCCUAUACAUCUGUUAAUGUCCAUAAGCCAGUAGCAAAUGCUUUUAAUUAUUGGGGAAACAUCAACCACCUUUAUGUUUGGCCUGCUCCAGGAGGCCCAAUGAAGGUUUCUUCCAGUUGUUUCCAUAGCUGUAUUACUAAAGCACCCCUCUUGGUUGGGUGAAUGUUCAUGAAGCCAUUUCUGGAACCAGCUUAGGAGGCUGAGGCCUCCUGGAGCCUGUGACAUGGAAGCUUUGGAAGUGGAUGAUAUCAGCCCGGCCUUAGAAGUUACGGAGGAGUUCUUUAGUACUUUGGAUAGUAAGCUAGAAAAGGCUGUGCAGCAAGCAGAGGUUUAUGGGAUCCAGGAAGUCCCUGAACUGGUGGGGCAUGAGGUACUCAGUAACAUAACAGACAAUGGUGCUAUGAGAAAUGUCACCUCCCUGGGCAAGGGGGGCAUGAUUUGGGACCACUGUAAGAGCAGGCUCUUAGAAACCAAAGCUCAAAAUGUCUUCCCUGCCAAAGAACAGUUUAUGGUCCAGAGAGGGACAACCCCAGAUAAUCUUUCCUGGAUGGAACAAAAGGAAGCAUCAACCUUUAAUUUUUUCAAUAUCUGUCAGCGUCGGAGGGACCGGCCUCGUUCUGUAAAUGACUUACUGGAUGAGACCUCAACUUUCAAGCCAGGACAUGCUCGAUCACGAUCAGAUAUUACCCAAGUGGACUGGAGGGUGGUCCUGAAAACCAUGCCUUUGCAGCAGCAGCAACAGCAGCAGCCAUCGCUUCAAGGCCCACACGUCACCAGGCCAUCUUUUCUGUUGCCCUCACCAAAUAAGAUAGAAGAUGCUCAAGGAAAUACUGAACACAAGCAGACAUUCCCAAACAUUCUAAAGAAGGGUUACCUGGAGAUUAGAAAGGACCAUGACAGUUACUGGCAAAGCUGUUAUGCAGAACUUUCACCUUACAACUUAUACUUCUACAGCCUCGACAGCAGUGGGAAUCAGAACCUCUAUGCCACGUACCAGCUUUCACACUUCCAGAGCAUAUCUGUUUUGGGCAACCUGGAGGCCAGGAUGGUGGAUACUGUUUUGUAUGACAACACUCAGCUACAGCUAAAGGCAGAGUCACCAUGGGAGGCUUUGGACUGGGGGCAGAAGCUUUGGGAAGUCGUGCAUGCUGCUGUGCCUGGUUACAUGGGGCGGCAGAAUGAGCUGACAAUCUCACCAGGGCUUGGCCAUCAUGAUGACUAUGCACAGUAUCAUUAUUUCCAGAAGAAAGCCAGUGGGCUGCUGCCACCGUCCCCUGUCCUGGAUAGCCCCAAACAGUACCAAAACAUCCUCAAAUCAGGGACUCUCUACAGGCUGACUGUCCAAAACAACUGGAAGGCAUUUACAUUUGUGCUGAGCAGGGCCUACCUUAUGGCUUUUCAGCCCGGCAAGCUAGACGAGGAUCCACUGUUGAGCUACAACGUGGAUGUAUGUCUGGCUGUCCAGAUGGACAACCUAGAUGGCUGCGACUCUUGUUUUCAAGUCAUUUUCCCCCAGGAUGUCCUUCGCCUCCGAGCUGAGACCCGACAGAGAGCUCAGGAAUGGAUGGAGGCUCUGAAGACAGCUGCCAAUGCAGCCAGGAGUUCAGAGCAAAACCUGCAAGUCACACUGAGGAACAAACCCAAGGAUCAGAUGGGUGGGCAUGAACUCAGGAAGAAUAAACGCCAAUCUGUGACUACCAGCUUCCUGAGCAUUUUGACGACUUUGUCUUUGGAACGAGGACUCACUGCUCAGAGUUUCAAAUGUGCAGGCUGCCAGCGAUCCAUAGGUCUUUCCAAUGGGAAAGCCAAGGUGUGCAACUACAGUGGGUGGUAUUACUGCAGCAGCUGCCACGUGGAUGACAGCUUUCUUAUCCCAGCACGCAUAGUCCACAACUGGGAUACUUCAAAAUAUAAGGUGUCGAAGCAGGCCAAGGAGUUUCUGGAGUACGUGUACGAGGAGCCACUCAUCGACAUCCAGCAGGAGAACGCCAUGCUGUACCACCACGCAGAGCCGCUGGCCGCCGUGCUGCGGCUGCGGCAGCGGCUGAAGUCGCUCCGAGCCUAUUUGUUCAGCUGCCGGGCAGCGGUGGCAGAGGAUCUCCGCCGCAGAAUUUUCCCCAGAGAAUACCUCCUUCAACAAAUCCACCUGUAUUCCCUCGCCGACCUGCAGCAGGUUAAAUCAAACAGAAAGUUUCAUUCUGGUGCUGGUGUGACCGGAACCCCUAACACCUGCUGAUCUCCCUUUUCAACAGAGAGUUGGCUGCAGGCUCAGGGCCUUCCAGCAUCUGUGUUAGCUUCGUUUUAUGGCAAGGGAUACUGGCUUCCCAUUUAUGGUAUUUCUAUAAGGCUUUCAUUUUAAAUAAAUGUUUAAAAGUAAAUGACUCAAUUUAAAUAAAGCAUUAAAUAAAUAACACAGGUGGAAUGCAGCUGUGACAAUACCUGUAAAGGUGUUUUCACCUUGACAGUGUUGAAAGCACUGUCCUGAUUCUUCUGUUUUGAAAUCCACUUCUAUGCAAUGACUUUGUCUUUCAGUUGCUUUUAAUGGCUUUUAAUCUAUAGGUUAUUUCUUUGUCCUUCUUGUUUUAAUCCCCUGGGGUGUUAUUACAAAGAUUCCCCAUUUCCCUCUGUGGGCUUGGGCUCAUCUGGGAUGGAGUUUUCACCAGAUUUUAAUAAUAUCACAUAAAUUUAGUUUAAAAUAUUCCUGUUUUUAAAAAUUAUACUGUUUCCACUUUUUUUGGUGUUAAAAUCCCCUUUUUUGUGAAAUAAUGGUGAAAAUAGAUGGUAGCUUUUGUUUUGUUUUUAGCAUCUUUACUUGGCCAAUUUAAAAAUUGGAAACUUAAAAAAAAUUAUGCUGAUCUAGAAGACAAAAAAGUGGGGUGCCACUGUUCAGUCACUCUCUGCUCAGAUAUGAUUCCUCCGAGUUGCCUGAGCAUCCUCGAAUAUUUCAGGAAGGGUGAUAUGGACUCACGCUAAUCUUUCUAAAGUAUACUCAAGCAUUUUCUUCAGGGAAAUUGUUAAAGGGUUCCUGCUUAUGAAACUCUCUUAUGUCUAUUACCCUAGGUUUAUCAUUUUCCCAUCAGAACUGCAAUCCUAAUUAUUAAUAAAAUCAUUUUUAAGUAUCUGAGAUAACUAAUUAUUGUGAGCAAUCAAUCCACUGGAAUACUUACACAGUACUUACUAAGAUGUGUCUAUUUCGUACACCUUUCCAAAAUGGAACGUUCAUAGCACAGUUGAGAAAAACCUCAACAGUCAUUGGUUUUUGUUUUUAUUUUUCUUUAAUGUUACUGGGAUUCAGGAGAAUAGAGAAGCUACAAAAUCUUGCACAUAUUUAAGAAAAUUUUUAAAAACCAUCUUUUCUCCAUCCGCUUCUUUAUUUCCUGCUUUGAUGAACACAUUAUUUUAUAUGGGAUUUCAGAAUUGGUCUAGAAAGACAUCAUUUGGAGGUGCUGAUAGAUUUGCAAAAGGCCCAAAAUGCCCCAUGUCAAGCAAGCUAGAGUUAGAAGAGCAGGGCUGAAACACAAACAAGAAGCAAAGUUCAAGAACUCCAGGAAGCUUUAAGGCAGUUUGUCAGGAUAUGUAAUUGUCUGAGUUAGUCAGGGAAGAUCUGUUAAAGCCAAGGCCAACAUACACCAGUAAACCCAGAGCAACACGAUCACUGCCAUAGUCACUGCUCUAAGGAAGAGAGUAGAAACUAGUCAGAGCUUUCAAAUCAAAGCAUUCCCACACCACCAGGGCGCUCCGUAGAUUCAGUGGAUAUGACUAGCUGGUGUGGAGCUUUUAUUUUACUAACUCUGUGGUGUCUGAAUGGCCCUAUCCCUUACAUGACUUUCCUUGUGCCUCAAAGGAUCUUCAUAGAGAGACAGGCAGGUUCUCAGCUUCAUCUACCCAAGGAACCCAGUUUCAGCAGCACAUGAUGAUGGCUUGUUUCUGAUCUUACUCUAGGCCCCGUGUUCAUAUGGAGUCUUUCAUGGUCCACUCCAAAGGGACCUGGAGCAGGCCUAUCAGACUAAUAUCGUCUGUUCCCUUGGGAGUAGGCAGGGCCAGACUGAACUAUGUGGGUGCCCAGGAAGGCUGGUCAUUUGACAUCCUGCACUUUGAUACUCUUUAAACAUAUUUUCAAUACAUAUUUAAAUAGUAUUCAAUAUGUUUAGUAGAUAGGGGAAGAGAAACUGAUUUUCUAUUAAUAAAAUAUAUAUACAUCAUCUUUAUGUUGAAAAUGAAGAAUGUAUUACAUGCUCUGACAGUAACACUAACUUUUUGACUUAUUUGGAAUGAGAUUCCUUAAUAAGCUUUUCCAUAACUCUGAGCUGGACAGGGUUAGCCAUUUAGUCUCUUCAAGAGUAGAAGCAAUAUACAUGGAUAUAGUUACAAAAUCUUGUUCCAAAUAUAUUUAAAAGUUAUUUUUUUCCUAACUUUUGUAUCAUCAAAAUGUUUCCCACUUUCCUGUAUACCAGAUCUUGUCAUCUGAGACUAGAGAUAGUUUUACUUCUUCCUUUCCAUUCUGGAGUUUUUUUUGUUUCUGUUUCUUGCAUGAUCGCCCUGGCUAGAACUUCCAGUAAAAUAUUGAAUAGAUGUGGUAAGAGCAGACGUCGUAUCUAGUUCCUGAUCUUCCUAGGAAAAAAAUUGAGUCUUUCACCAUUAAGUGGGAUGUUAACUGUGAGUUUUUCAGAUAUCCUGUAUCAGAUAAGGAAGUUGAUUUCUAUUCCUAGUUUGUUGAGUGUUUUUUUUUGAGGGGGUUGGGGACAGGGUCUCGC